UGCGCUAUAGGUAGGAAAUGAGGACAGCUCCAGUGCAGUGCAGCUCCAAUGCGAUUGCGUCGAAGGUGAGGGUGUCGCGCAGGUAAAGUGAAAGUCUGGGUGCAACUGCAGCAUCAUCAAUUCCAAAUCUUUGCACCAGUAAUAGCAAAUUUUACAUAUACUCGAGCCAUGCUCUCUCGAACCUUCAUUCGUGCCUCAACAUCACUUCGUCCAUCAGCCACCUCAACACCCUUCAAAAGAUCAUUCUCUGCUACACCCGCAAUCAUGGUUAGGGAAGGAGACUCAAUCCCUAGCGUGGACCUCUUCGAGAACUCCCCUGGCAACAAGAUCGACCUCUCCAAAGAGCUUUCAUCAGGCAAAGGCGUCAUAAUUGGUGUUCCCGCUGCCUUCUCUCCCUCAUGCUCCGAGCAACACAUUCCAGGAUACAUUGGCAGCGACAAACUCAAGGAAGCUGGAAAGGUGUUUGUGAUCUCCGUGAACGAUGCAUUUGUCAUGAAGGCUUGGGCCAAGGACUUGGACUCUUCCAGCGUCAGCGGCAUUCGCUUCCUUGCUGAUCCGACCGGCGAGUUCACCCGUGCUUUGGAUGUCGAAUUCGACGCUACUCCCCUGCUGGGCAACAAGCGAAGCAAGCGAUACGCCGUCGAGACGGAGAAUGGCAAGGUCAAGAAGGUUGCCAUUGAACCAGACCCGGCUGGUGUCACUGUUUCCUCGGCCGAGAAGUUCCUAUCCUGAGAGCCACUAAGAUGACCGCGGUCGAACAGCUGCAUCUGAGCAGCUAAAAAGUCGUAACAGAUAGUUAGAGCUCAAAUACCAAAAACACAAAUGUGCUAGUGAAUGGCAUGCAAGAUAGGCAAAGCAGUCAAUACUGAAAACUUCCAUUUGCGCUUCAU